AUGGAGACGGGCGUGAAAACUGGUGAUCCAACUUGUCUGUCACACACAGAAGGGACAAAUUUUCCAAAAUGGCAAUCUCAUGGUUUGAUGGAUUUCAGCUGGACACCCGGGCUGUAUCCAGAAGACCCGGUUCAUUCGACCGAGGACACAUGUGUGACUUGUCAACUUUGUGGUCAAUCGGUAAAAUCAAACAAGCUUCUUAUGCACAUGGCGGCGCAUUUUUUCCAACUGUCAAAAAAUUUCAAUGUGGACGAUAAAUGUACCACUACCGAGAAGGAACAAACACCUCGAUCUGCGAUAGAUCUGCUUAGGGAAUAUACCGUCAAACCGGAUCAUCUUUGCACAUUACGAAACACAGCAAAGGAUAUUUUGAAUUACCAACUCGGACCCCAAAUUACCGAAGCUGAUGCAGAUGCGUUUCUAGCCUUGGCAAUCGAAAUCCUUGCCUUCAGUCCAACAAUCCAUCAUCAAACAUAUGAACGUGUUCAGAGAGAAUGGUUUCAUCUAAAUCGACUCCAUGAUCAACAGUUAAUCACACAGUUUAUCUGUACAAGUUGCACACCAAUUAGGCAAUUCGCACUGGAAACAUCUCGUGCACUACACACACAGCUCACACAUCCCAUGACAAAUGCAUUAAAUAAUUCACAAAUUGUGGGCAUCCUGGAUGAGUUACUUACUAAAACCAGCAAUCCCUGUCCAUCUGGAGAACCAGAUAAUGGUAAAAUUUGCGCGGAAUCUUUCAGUUCUGUCAUCUCGUUACCUUGGAGACCGUUAACAGGGUUGUCAAGUUCUCCGGCUAAAAUUGGGUCCAAUAGUAAGCUAAUGGCAACCGAUCAGACGGCUUCUGAUGUUUCGAUGUUUCAACAGAUACCUUUUACCGAAUUACCAACUCCACUUGUCAGCCUUCCGCACAGUGAUGGUUCUCUUGUAUCAAUCGAUGCCAUUUCCUCAAGUUUUGCCAACCACAACUCGACUGUUCCUGCUGCAGACGGUUUGAAUACAAUGCUAGCAACCCUGUCCAAUCUCCCGUCGCGUUUAUUGGAUACUUUGGUUCCGUUUAAAACGGAAAAAUGGCCCGUAUCCCACUCCCCCACGAAGAAACCGAUGGAUUUACAAGAUUUCUUCAACACUUCCGUAUUAUCGGGGCAGAUAACUCAACAACCCCAGCAGUUUAAACCGAAUGGCAUGAAUAGCAACAUUGGUGCGACAAAUAAUGGUGGCCAUAACAACAGUUCUAACUUAUCAUCAGUGAACCAACAACGUCGCAGUCGUACUCGAUUGAGUGAAGCCCAAUUAGCCGUAUUGCGUUCUUACUUUGAUAUAAACAAUUCUCCGUGCGAAGAGAAAAUGGCUGAAAUCUGUUUGAAAACUGGCCUUCCGGGAAAAGUAGUGAAACACUGGUUUCGAAACACUCUAUUCAAAGAACGUCAACGAACGAAAGACAACCCAUACAAUUUUUCCGUACCACCUAGUACCAGUAUUGACUUGGAAGAGUACGAAAAAACCGGCCGUAUAGAGGUUCGACCAGCUCCUACUGAGCUCGCACACCCUAUGCCAUCAGAAGAUGACACGAUAGCCGCAGAGCCAAAUAAACAAGUGAAAAUGGAUGCCGAAAGAUCCUUUGAUGUGGAUACGUCUAAAAUAAAAGAGUUUCAACCGUCGAUAUUACUGCAAAGUCCUCAGGCCAGAACACAGUUUGAUAAUAAUGAUGAAGAUGAUUGUGCACCUGGCUCUAAACGGCUUCUAGACACCCCAAAGGAAGAUCCAGAAUCAAACCCAUCCAAACGCCCACGAUGCAGUUCGGAGGGAUCUUUCGGAAUGGAGUACAGUUCACCGAGACAUGCGUCACAGAUCUCUUCUCCGGUCAGUAUGAGCAAUUCGCCAUCUGUUCCAACAGACCCGAAUCUCAUACCCACUUUAUCCAAUUCGACUCCCAGUGUUUCCGAAUCAAACGAUCAGCAACUGAACUCCUUCGAUCUGGCGCACUGGUUUGUGAGAACUCCAACUGGUGAGACCACCAAUCCUCUCUUAGAUUCACAUCAGAUGGAUGACAAGAACAGUUCUAUUAGAAAGACUGAACCGAAUCAUCAAUUCAUAUUAUCUGGGGAUAAUCGCGUAUCUGCUAGCAUUCUAAGUACUCCAACUACCAACACUAAUGGAUAUUUCCCGGACACAAACACACCCGGUCUCGGGUCUCUUCCAGCCAUCCAUUACAACCCAUCACCAAUUGACGCGUUUCAUCUUCAGAAACAAGUUGAGGCAUUUAUGAUGGCCGCUGCAUUGAGCCAGAAAGUGACUAGCUCACCACCGCCACCGGUAAUCAAUGCGUUUCCGGGAGCGUCCAUCAAUCCCAACCCUGAUGCACCCUUGGACCUGAGUACCUCCAGUUCGUAUUUAACCAAAUCUACUGCAUCAGCACCAGUACCCUUAUUCCAGGUUGAACAUCCUCUCACCACAAUCGAUCCGCAUUUGACUGCAUUUACUCUGAAUACAAAUUCGGAUACGGGACUCAACACACUUCCGAAUCUGCUUCACCCGUUACCCAACAAUUCUGUGACAAAUGGAGCAGGCUCUAUUUCGCACAGUACCACAGUCACCACCACACCGAGUACACCAGGUGCCCGCCGAAAUCGAACCAGUAUCACUGCACUUCAAUCACGAUGUAUGCAAGCCAUUUAUGCUCACCACAAAACGCCUUCGGUACACGAAUGCGACCGACUUGGUGGUAUGAUCGGCCUUACAAGACGUGUGGUCCAGGUUUGGUUUCAAAAUCAACGAGCAAAGGAGAAAAAAAUGGCCCGUGUAGCCUCAUCAUACUCACCCGGAGCUACCAACGGAUCGUCCUACUCCAACACAUCAAACAGCAAUAACAACAACUUCACCACCACCAACAGUCUAUUAGAUUUUGUCCUCGAUCCAUCCUAUUGUGGUUUGUGUGAUAUACCAAUUCGAUGUGACUUAACCGGGGCUAUACCAGUUUUUACGAGAUCUUCUGGCAACAAUACAACAACUGGAACAACCACUCUGGAUCUGUCGUCCAACUCCGGAGCAGAGAUGCAUCCGGUUGCCACACACACUCUAAAUGGUUCAUCUGCUUCUAGUGCAAGUGCAUUAGCGACGCACGCGUCAUUUGUGGAUCAUUUAUUCUCUUCUGUUCAUUUGAAGAAACUGAUUGGUCUGUGCUCCAUCGAAGUACAAACUGGUCAAGUGUGA